CGUUUCUAACUACCAAUCCACACUCAGGUACUCCCUUCUUUACUAUCUACCACCGUCUCUAUUCUCACAGCCCUAGCAUAGCAUGUCCAUCCCUUCUCCUCCCUUCUUCCUCCUCCUCCAGACCUUAACCUUUACCCUCUUUUCCAUUCAUGGCUCAGUCUGCCAAACCCACGAAGCUUUCACUCUCUUCCACCAUUACCCCCAAACCCCUCCUUAAAUUCCACCAAAUUCGCUUCCUUCCCGCCAAAUCCAGAGCCCUCUGUUUCAGAACUCUCUCAUCUCUUUCCUCUCCACCACCAACCUCGGAUCAGAACACAACAAACCCCCAAAACCUGACUCUAAUUUCCCUCCUCCGAGCGAUUCCCGACUGGGCUGAUCGCAUCCAAGAGCGUGGAAUGCAGCGGAACCGCUCCCUCUACAACCAUGAAAAGUGGGUUGACCAUAGAAGCUCAUUGCGUCACAUCCGCCAUUUGCUUUCUAGUUUAUCGUCGCGGGUGAUCUUAUCCCUGGUGCCGCCUGUGUUAGUCUUCACGUCUGUGGCUGUUAUUAUUGCGAGUUACAACACCGCGGUAGAAGUGGAGUUGUUGCCGGAAUUUUUCCCGGUUCUGAGGUCAUCUUCUUUGCCGUACCAGUUGACAGCACCUGCAUUGGCACUGCUUUUGGUUUUUAGGACCGAGGCGUCAUAUUCGAGGUUUGAGGAGGGUAGGAAGGCCUGGACCAAGGUGAUUGCUGGCGCAAAUGAUUUCGCGAGGCAGGUGAUUGCCGGUGUAGAGGGUUCCGGCGAUGAAUUGAUCAAGAAUUCACUCUUGAGGUAUAUCAUGGCCUUCCCAGUUGCCCUUAAGUGUCAUGUAAUGCAUGGCUCGGAUAUAGGCAGAGAUCUCCAGCAUUUGCUUGAGUUAGAUGAUCUUGAAGUGGUACUCAGUUCAAAGCAUCGACCUUGCUGCAUUAUUCAGUUCAUAUCACAAAGUCUUCAACUGCUGAAGUUAGAGGAAUCAAAGAAAAACAUCUUGGAGUCGAAAAUUUCAUGUUUCUACGAAGGAAUUGGUGUCUGUGAACAACUCAUGGGAACCCCCAUCCCUCUCUCGUAUACUCGCUUGACAUCAAGGUUUCUGGUCCUUUGGCAUCUUACCCUGCCUAUCAUACUUUGGGAUGAUUGCCACUGGAUUGUGGUUCCUGCUACUUUCGUUAGUGCUGCAUUUUUGUUUUGCAUUGAAGAGGUUGGUGUUCUUAUUGAGGAACCAUUUCCAAUGUUAGCCCUUGAUGAGCUUUGCAAUCUGGUUCAAAACAACAUCAAAGAAGCGAUUGCAACAGAGAAAGCUGUUAGAGCAAGUCUGAAUGCAAAAAGAAAGAAACAAUCUUGCGAGCACUUGUCUAAUGGUCGGCCUGCCAACAGUGUAUGAGUCAAAAUGGCAUCAAUUCCUUACUCCUAAGGGAGGUACAAGGUUGAUGGUUAGUCUCCAUUGGACCAACUACUACAGAUAUGAAAUGAGGAAAGGGAAAAUGGUUAAUUCAACAGGCUGGGAACCAUGCAAGAGACUGCCCACAUGUACAUGUCUCUAGUCGAUGAUUUUCCUGUCAUCUAGGUCAGAAAAAAAUAGUUGGAUUCUAGCUUGCAAACAAAUGCAUAUACUAAAAUGAUACUGUUCUUCAGAGCAAAAAAAAAAAAAAAAUGAUACAAAAAAAAAAAAAAAAAAAUGAUACUAUUCUUGUAUGUACUGUAUCUAUUGCAGGUUAUGUGUAUAUACCAUAGAACCUUAAAAGGUGAAAGUUUUGAAUAAUGAUGACUCCUGAUAGAAUUACAGCAUGGUGAAUGACUGCCAGUCAUCCAAACUCUCCUCUGACUUUGUUGCGUUUCAAACUCUCUUGGAUGGCCUCUAGCUGUAAAAUUAUCUCUUCAAAUGUGGGACGACAGUCUGGAUUCUUAUGCCAGCAUUCUCGAAGAAGCCUAAAGUACGAAAAUGGAACAAUGUUAAAGUCAUCAUCUUUUUACAUCAAAGAAAAUAAUUAACGUGAUGCAGCGCAAUUAGUUGGAUUGUAAAAUGUUGCUGAUGAUAAGGCAAAUGACAGUGUUGAUAUUGAGAAGGUAUUCAUCAGAAUGAUCUUGCAUUGUUUCUUGGUGCCUUUCAGAUUAAACUCUAUAAAGGUUCUUACUUUGA